CUACUUUAUCCAUCGAACAUUAUCAGAGGGAGGUUCCAAGAUAAUGAAUUUCUACUGACUUCAUCAAAUGAUAUUAUGAUUAAGGGAAUAGAAAUCAUCAUGAGAAUUUUUGAUAUAACAUAUCUUUAUAAACAUUUCUUUGUGACUUACGAAUAUGAAUUUAUUAUGGAAGAUAUUGAGAACAUAAAUAUUGAAAUUGAAUACAAAAAUAUUACAAAUACAAUAGAGGUUAGAUCUAACGCAGUAAAGGAACCAUUAAAAAAAAGGACAAAUGAUGUUAAAUUUGCCGUUGGAAUGAUCGUAACGCAUACAGAAAAAAAUAGUUUCUUUCUUGAUAAUCAUUACGGUGUAAUCAUUGGAUGGGAUCGUGAAUGUGACAUGAAAAUCGAAGACAAAUUGAACAAUACUAUUAUGUUUCCAUAUCUACAUAAAUGCGAGGAUUUUUAUCACAUUUGCGUAUGUCAACAAUUUCCAGCCAAUGCCCAUCAACCGUACUACAUUAUUCUCACCAAGAAUGAUAUAGUAUGUUAUGUGCAACAAGAUCAACUAUCCAUAUCCCCACCCAAAAGAAUCAAUAACGUAGAAAUUGGAAGAUACUUCUCCAGCUUCGAAGGCACUUAUUACGUACCGAAUGAAAGCUUAAGAAAACAUUAUCCAGAAGAUACCGCUGCAAUAGCCAAAAUACUUGCCAAUCAAUAGUUUUUAUUAUCUUAAAAUGUACAAUUUGUUGUAUAUAUAUUAUAAAAGAAUUUUUUUUUUGAAAAUAAUUUAAGAAAUUAAAGAUAUAUGUAAUUAUAU